AUGGGGGCAGAAUCUGCGACCCUGAUGAACGGAGGCCAGGACUGCAGCUACGGCAACGUCUAUCCAGAGCAGUAUGUGGUUUACAAGACUGCGGAGCUCUCCGAGCUCAGUCUCUCGGGCGACCUCAGCAAGAAGGCAUGGGAGGAGGUGGCCUGGACGAAGGACUUUGUGGACAUCAGCACGCACACGGCUCCGCGGCUUCGCAGCCGCGCCAAGAUGCGCUGGGACGACAGGCAAAAACAGCUUGGGAUCUCAAAGUCCCGGGGCUGUGGCCAGUUUUUGGAUGCCAGAACAUGA